UGGCCAUCCCAGCCACCAGACACUUACCAUCAUGUGCGCGAGCUCGAGUUCCAGCGCAGCGGCGUCUGCGAUCGCGAUGGCAUCUUGUAGGCGGCCAGGCCCCAUCCAGGCGUCUCGGUCUCGAGGUCCUUCUAGGGGAUAGGAUUGGGGGAAGCCUGGCCCUCCGCCGCCGCCGCCGCCGCCGCUGCCGCUGGCUAGUACGGAGUAUUUUUUUUAACCCUUUCCAGAUCUGUGGGGACGAAGAUUGCAGGAAGACGGCCGAGAAUGCCCAGGUCGCGGUGCUUAUUGGGGACAAAGAGCUCGAUCUAUGCUGAAGCUCGCAGGAAGGGGCUCAGAUUUGAUGGGAGGAAAAGAAUUGGCCAAGAAAAGAAAGGCAGACAAAACGGCCAUGGCUUCUUCUCAAGGUGGCUCAAGGAGAGCUACAGCAGGCAGCGAGCGCACACUAAGACCCCGCAGAAACAAAAGGGCAGCGAGCAAAGAUGCUGAUGAGAUUGUGAAUGAAGAGGAGAGGAAUGAGUCAAGUGAUGAUCAAGAGAGUGAUGAAAACUUCUAUGUUUCUCAUCGCGAUGCUUAUGCAGCAGAGGCAGACAGUAAUGAUGAUGAGGAAGAAGAGGGAGUUGAGGAUGAGGAGGAGAAUUUGGAUGAGGAUGUGAGAGCACCUGCUGGUGUCAUCAUGACCAAGGCCCAUGUUGUGACUAUUGCACAGUACAUUGAUUGGAACACACUGGAGGAGUAUAAUGAUCCUAUUCUUAAUGAAAUUGUCAGUAUGUGCAAGCAAAGGAAGAUAUAUGAUCUCAUGGGGUAUAAGCAUGAUUGGAACACUGAGAUCAUUGCACAGUUCUUUGCUACUCUCUACUUUGGUGAUGCAGGAUGUGACACGGUGAUGUAUUGGAGGACCGAGGGGCGCUUGUAUAGUGUCGCAUACACAAAAUUUGCUGAGACCUUUGGCUAUGGAAAGGCAGAUGCUAGACGUCCCAAGAUUCAUAGGAAGAGUUCUAUGCCCGCGAGUGAGUUGAAGUUCAUGUAUCCCAAGGAUCACACCGGUGAUUAUGGCAAGGUUAAGGGUCUGUAUUCCUACUAUUCCACUCUUAACCGUAUGUUUAGGUAGACCCUAACACCUAGAGAUGAUAACAAUACAGACAUAUCUUUCUAUGCUAAGGAUUUGCUUGCUAGGAUGGGGCCCGGUGGGGAAAGCUUUUGUGUUGCUGAUUUUCUUUGGGAGGAGAUCAAGGAUAUUUCUAAGAGUCCCAUCAAGGCUUGUGGUUAUGGUCCUUACAUCAUGGGACUCAUUGAGAAGGUGGUUGGCAGGAGUUUUCCUACGGACAUGAUCAGCAGCAUGAUCAGCAGCCACAUGCACCACAGCCCUCUCAGCGGGACGUGCACAGUAGACAGUCGAGUGGACCUUCUUCUCGCUCCCAUGGAAAGCCUCCUCCUGUAAGGUGGCUUUUCAACCUUUUCAUCGGCAUGUGUAAGAUUCAGCGUGACGUACAUGUUGAGUUGAGGCAGCAGAGGAUUGAUAGCAAGAAGGGGAGAGAUGCAACCAAGAAGAUGCACGCUGCCAUGAACCUCGUGACACCUCCUCCUAUCUCUCCUGAGCAUGUUGAGCCCGAGAUACCUCCACUUGAGACCAUGUUGAUAGGGUUUCAGCAGGCCGGAUACUAUGAGCAGUUUGAGCACAUCUUUGCUCCAGGGAGCAGCAGCCAGCAGGGCAUGGAUGCAUGUGGAUCUUCUUUGGCACCUAUCCACCUCCUCCACCGCUAGAGGGUUCUUCAGGAGAUGCCUAUGUAGCAUACUAUGGCUUCGCUCUUUGGUCCUACUAGUGGGUUCCCCGUGUUGUUCCACAAGGCUGCAAGUUAAUAAAGCUGCCGUGUCGCCCUUUGGCCCUUGCAUGCUCCUCCCGUCUAGUUUCACGGUCCCAAGGCUGAAGACCCAACUCCUCCCUAAUCUGAAACCACUGGCAGCUGUAGUUUGAUAUGAUGACAUGCGCAAUUGUUUGUUCGAACACCCCUUGCUCUGGCAGUAUUUAGGUGAGGCUAUGCUUAUCGUUUGCUGCUCACACUCAUGACAGCAACUCCAAGCAGCGAUGGAUGAACGAUUGACUAUAUUUUUAGCAUAUCUAUUUGUUUUUACUGCCUCUUCGUGAGAUCGCUUGCAACAAAUUUAAUUGUUAAUGCUGUAUUGCUGUGCCAAUGAAUGGUUUUAUCUGUGUCAUUUAUGUAAAGCUUAUCAGUUGCUGCUUGAAUGCAAAGCGGUGCUGGAUGGACGAUUGCAUUGUUUGUAACAUAGUUCUUGUGAGUGUUUGCAACAGGUGUGUUGGUUCUGUGCCAAUGAAUGAUUUCUAUGUGUGUUGUUUGUUUAU